AUGGCAAGUGGACAAUCUCCUUCCAAAGGGUAUAUCAACGCGCCUCCAGGUGCUCAACCUGGAAUGUCAGCCACAACCACAGCUGCACCUUCGGAGAGAAGGGUAAACGAUUCUGAGAAUUCAAGUUUGACUGCUGUUGACGAUCAUCAGCAUAAUAAUAGGCAAAUGAUACCAGGUCUGUCACUCACCUCUUCACCUUCUAGCACCACCAACCACAAAGACGGCAGAACAAAAUACGAACAAUGGUACCCUGGUGAUGCCUCUCAUAAUGGUAGACCAGCAUGGUGGAACAAAUGGUUUUGCUGUGGAUAUGGUCUGGGUUGUUUGUUGUGCCCUUGUUCGAGCUGGAAUUGUAAACAUGAGAGAAGUUGA